AAAGCGAUGCGCCGCGCACACUACCUCGAGGCGAUUAUGGCGCUCCUUAUCGUGGCCCACGAGGCGGGUGCGGCUAGCUCGCUCGGAACGCUGCUUGGCUGCACAUCUCGGCACGUCGACUGCUGCCUCUGGACCGGCCCUGACGGCAGCGCGGUCUCGUCACGACGGUUGCUUCAAGAUCUGGAGGCGGCGCAUCCACAACUCUUCCAGCAGGACCGAGCGCUUGAUCACAUGCAGUCGGUCGCGUCCAAUUACCAGGCUUCGGGUCGCGUACCAUACCGAACCGGUCUCUCGGUACGGCACCUCAGCGUUGGUCGGCGUCUUGACGCAGCACCUUGGACACCUGAUUCCAUUCAACGUAUACCUCGACGCCUCGAGCACCUGGCACCGCUGCAUUGGUGCAAGCCGAAUAUGAAUCCGCUCCAGAAGAACGUGUGCAGCACCAUCAAGUCGCAACACGCGUGCGGCAGCUGCUGGGCGUUUGCGUCGGCGACCGCCAUCGAGACGUCGGCGGCGAUGCGCGCGCAUUCCGUGCCCAAGCUCUCGGUGCAAGAGCUAUUGGACAGCAGCCGCGGCAACAUCUCGGCGACGAUGAACUACUGCUGGCUCACGCCCGAGCGCUCGGCCGCCGCGCCCUGGCUAGUCCCUCGUCUCGUGUGGCGAGCGCGCAACGAUGGCUGUGCCGGCGGUAUGCCGUUCGGUGCCUUCGAUUACGCCACGACGCACGGCAUCUCGACCGAGUUUCAUUGGCCGUACACCAGCGCUGCCACCCCCAGCGUCGGCGGCAGCAGCGCCCCCGUUGUCAAAGUGCAAAGCUGGACGCAAGCCAUGGGCCGCGAUUGCAACUCGAGUGCCGACCCAAUCGUGAUGCUGCAAAGAGCGUUGCGGACGCAGCCAUUGGCCGUCAUCAUUGUGUCGUCGGGCGGCUUUGAGGCGUACAAGGGCGGCAUCUACGUGUGCCCGAACAACGGAACGAUCGCGUCGUCGAAAACGGUCGACCACGCGCUUCUUCUCGUCGGGUACGACUACGACCCGAAUCUAGGUUUGUACUGGAUUUUGCAAAACUCGUACGGCGUGGACUGGGGCGAGGCCGGCUACAUGCGCCUUCUCGCCGACGACAAGCUCAACUGCGGCUUGAACCUCAUGCCGUUGGCUGUGACCGCAGACGUUUUGCAGGUUCCCGACGAGCAUGUCGAUAGCAACGGUGUCGUUUGGAGCUUUUUAAGCCUCGAUGCCGCGGCCUGGGUCGCCUCGCUUGUCGCAGUCGCCGUCCUGACGCUGCUGGCUACCAUCGCUGGCGUCCUUCGAUCGCGACGACCCGCCAAGGCGCACAAGAGUUUGGGCGAGCAUUUAGUCUUGUAA